AUGGGAAACCCAGUAAGCAAAAAGAGUGAAAUCAAUAUCAAGAGGCCCAUAUUACCCAGUUCUACAAGUUAUAUAACUGUGGAGCCUUUACCUUGGGCAGCCACAGCUCUCGGAGAAUGUGCCCGGGGAAAGCCCAUGGUGUCACCAUCUGGUUUUUAUUAUAAGGACCAAUGGAUGUCAACGACCUGCAAUAAUCGCCGGUUUGACACUCCUGCAAGAAUUACAGACUGUCUUCGUAGAAAAAAUAUUUAUCUGUUUGGAGAUUCUACUGUGCGCCAGUGGUUUGAAUAUUUGACUGAAUUCAUUCCAGGUCUCAAAAUAUUCAAUCUUGGCAAUCCUAAAAAUAUUGGCCCUCACCUUGCUGUGGACUUGGAAAACAACAUCAUGGUAGAAUAUCGACCUCAUGGCCCACCAAUCCGAUUCAACACUGUUUCGAGCCAGGACCUGCACUACGUUGCAAAUGUACUGGAUGAAAUUAAAGGAGGAAAGGAUACCGUUAUAGGCAUCACCUUAUGGUCUCAUUACAGCACUUUUCCAGUAGAAGUCUAUAUCCGAAGACUACAGAAUAUCCGGAGAUCAAUUCUACAAUUGUUAGGCAGGAAUCCGGAUACAGUGGUUAUGAAGACUGCCAAUGUCCAGGCCCUUCCAGGAGAAGUCAGUCUGUACAAUAGUGACUGAUACUCCUACCAACAUGAUUUAGUGAUGAGGAAAAUGUUCACAGGCAUCAAUGUGGCAUUUGUGGAUGCCAGGGAAAUAAUACACACAUGCACAUGGAUGCAUAUACACAUACACACACACAUGGAUGCAU